AUGUCCGCAGCCGCCCUGCCCGAGGGACAGCGCCCGGGCAACCCCGAGUUCCCGGGGAACUGCUCGCUGGAGGCGGCGCUGGGCGCCAUUGUGGACGUCUACCACCGCUACAGCACCCGGGGCGGGAACCUCGACCUCCUCAGCUUUGACGACUUCAACGUGCUGCUGCACGAGCAGGCCCAGCACUUCCUGCAGAACUGCGGCAGGGACCGUGCAAACUACCUGAGGGAUCUCUUCAAAGAGACGGACCUGAAUAAGGACAGGCAGCUGACCUUCGAGGAGUUCACCAUCGUGCUGGCCAAGCUGACUGACGACGCCCAUCGGCUCAGCCACGGGCACGACCCCUGCGGGCCGGACCGCGACUGAAGCCUCCGCGCCCCUCGUGGCAAACAGAGCGGAAUUCGGCUCCGGCCGCUUUCUGUCUGCUCAGGUCGUUCAUGCUCGUGAGACAAUAAAGCAACACUUGGAGUUCAG